AGCUGAGCCUGGAGUUUCUGACGACAAGGGCUAGAAAUCUGUACUAUAAACUCCUGAGAACUACUGUGUGCCUUCAUCUAAAUUGCCCCCAUCCCAGCGGCUGCUGCUUCUCUCCCCUCCAUCUCUCCAGCCUGGCCCUGGCCUCCCCACUCCCCGCUACACCCUCCCCCCACGCUCUCCACAAAUGGCCAAAGCAGCAGUGUGAGGCAAUCGUUCUAUCCUUGACCCUUUCCUUUGCACAGUGAGUGAUGGCGUUUUUAUCUCCUGAUGAUGAUGCACAGCCUUCAGCGGGGGGUAUUUAAGAUACAGAACACCAGGUCCAGGCUGCAGCUGCGGCACUCAGAGGUGAAGCUUGAGGGGCUCCAGAAGGACAAAGAACCACUCUUGAGAGAAGCAGCAGCAGCAGCGGCCCCACCACUGCCACAUCUGCCAGGAAACAAUGCUGCUAGCAACAUUCAAGCUGUGUGCUGGGAGCUCCUAUAGACACAUGCGCAACAUGAAGGGGCUGAGGCAACAGGCUGUGAUGGCCAUUGGCCAGGAGUUGAACCGGAGGGCCCUGGGGGACCCCACCCCUAGUGCAUGGAUUAACCAGGUUCGGCGGCGGAGCUCUUUGCUUGGUUCUCGGCUGGAAGAGACUCUCUACAGUGACCAGGAGCUGGCUUAUCUCCGACAGGGGGAGGAAGCCAUGCAGAAAGCCUUGGGCAUCCUUAGCAACCAGGAGGGCUGGAAGAAGGAGAGCCAGCAGGACAAUGGGGACAAAGUGAUGAGUAAAGUGGUCCCAGAUGUGGGCAAGGUGUUCCGGCUGGAGGUUGUGGUGGACCAGCCCAUGGAGAGGCUCUAUGAAGAGCUCGUGGAGCGCAUGGAGGCAAUGGGGGAGUGGAACCCCAGUGUCAAGGAGAUCAAGGUCCUGCAGAAGAUUGGAAAAGAUACAGUCAUUACCCAUGAGCUGGCUGCAGAGGCAGCAGGAAACCUGGUGGGGCCUCGUGACUUUGUGAGCGUGCGCUGUGCCAAGCGCCGAGGCUCUACCUGUGUGCUGGCUGGCAUGGCCACAGAGUUCGGGAACAUGCCUGAGCAGAAGGGUGUCAUCAGGGCGGAACAUGGUCCCACUUGUAUGGUGCUUCACCCGCUGGCGGGAACUCCCUCCAAGACCAAACUCACGUGGUUGCUCAGCAUCGACCUCAAGGGGUGGCUGCCCAAGAGCAUCAUCAACCAGGUUCUGUCCCAGACCCAGGUGGAUUUUGCCAACCACCUGCGCAAGCGCCUCGAGUCCUACCCUGCCUCUGAAGCCAGGUGUUGAAGACCAGCCUGCUGUUCCCAGUUGUGCCCAGCUGCACUGGUGUGGACGCUCAUUAGAAGAAUCCCGCUGGAAGCCUGCAAGUCUAAGAUCUCCAUCGGGCGACAGUGGGAUGGGUGGGGUUAGUGUUCAGAGUACGACACUAGGAUUCAGAUUGUUAAAGUUUUUAGUACCAAGAAAACAGGGAUGAGGUUCUUGGAUUAAAAGGUAACAUCAUUCACUGAUUAACUAUGACAUGAAGUAAUUGUAAAACUUUUUUCUGGGUCCUUACGUGCCCACCUAAAACCAUCUUUAAAAUGCUAGUGGCUGAUAUGGGUGCAGGGGAUACUAACCACAGGGCCCAGGAAGUCUUCCUUUAUAGGCUCAAGAAUGCCAUGCCCUGCAGGCAGCGUGAGUGCACAAAGCAGAAUCUCAGAGGGUCUCCGGCAGCCCUCCACUGCUCCCAGUUGCUGCACGGCAACACCACAGAACAAGCAGCACCCCACAGUGGGUGCCUUCCAGAAAUAUAGUCCAAGCUUUCUCUAUGGAAAAAGACAAAACUAGAUAGGUUUCCCUAUUGCUUCUGCAGGCACCAGUCAGAAUAAAGAAUCCUAAUUCAUACAAAAACAUCAGUUUGUAUGUUUUAAUAUUGUAUUUUUAAAAAUCUAUACUAGAUUACAACUUCACAUUAGAGAAGUCUGAGACAAAGCUUUUAAUUAGUUAAACUAAAUUAGUCAGGCUCAUUAAAAGGAAAGGAACUACUGGGAAUUUAUGCAAUUCAGUUAUUUAGACUCUGUUACCAGGAUCUUUCAUAAAAACGUAAUUUCCAUGAUAAGCACAACCUAAAUGAGUUCUUAAAGAACUUAAGCAAUAGCUGAUUAACGGGCCCUGGAAGACGGUUAUAACUGAGAAUGUUUAUUUACCUAAUUAAAAGGAAAGACAGUGCCAAACAUGAGAGAAUAAUCAGUAUUAGGUAACAUUUCUGUUACUUAUGAUGCCAAUUAGUAGCUGAGAGAAUUCCACAGCUGUCGACUUGAUUUGGGGCUGCUAAUCUCUCUGCUUAAAUAGACUAAAAGUUAGUAUUUUGGGAGAAGUGACUGGAUGAAGGGGUAAUAUGGUGAAAGCAAAUUCCCUUUCCCAGGAAUCAGAGAAUUUAAGCUUUAAAAAUAUAUAUUGGGGCUGGGCGUGGUGGCUCAUGCCUGUAAAACCAGCACUUUCAGAGGCUAAGGUGUGCAGAUCACUUGAGGUCAGGAGUUCAAGACCAUCCUGGCCAACAUGGCGAAACCCUGUCUCUACUAAAAAUAGAAAAAUUAGCUAGGUGUGAUGGCACAUGCCUGUAAUUCCAGCUACUCACGAGGCUGAGGCAGGAGAAUCACUUGAAUGUGGAGGCAGAGGUUGCAGUGAGCCAAGAUGGAUCCACUGCAAUUCAGCCUGGGUGAUUAAGUGAGACAGUCUCAAAAAAAAAAAAAAAAAAAAAAAAAAAAAUCACACACACACACAGAGGGAUGAGAGUAUAGGGGAGGAUGAAAAAAAUCACCAUUACCACCUGAAGCUUUUCCAUUCUUGUUUUAAUAGCACUGAUGAUUUGCACCAUUUGGAAAUAGAGCUCUGGCUUAUAUAUUAUAAAACAGGAGCUGGGCAUGGUGGUGCCUACCCACAAUGCCAGCUACUCUGAAGGAUGAGAUGGGAGGACUGCUGGAGAGCAGUUCGAGACCAGUCUGGGCAAGAUAGUGAGACUCCAUCUAAAAAAAAAGAAGACAAAGGAGUAGAUGAAACCAAAUUAUGACAAACUAAAUUAAAAAAUUUUUAAAAAGCAUUAGUGGGAACACUGUGGCAUUUACUGAGGUGUUAAAAUUUUACAACUAGUAGAGGUAUUUAUUAUAAUUUAUUCUGAUUGUUUCUUAGUUUAUUUUUGGCAUGGAUAAAAUUAUUGUUUAUCUAGGAGCCUCUGAGUCGAGAGAGGACAGUUGUAGAGAAGUAUUUCUAAAAGGGAAUUAUCAUCCACUACCAGCUAAGAGAAAAUGGUUACUUGUUUAUAGAUACCUUAAAGCAACAUAUAUUCUAGUUUCAAGAAAAAGGCUGACAGUCGAGAAAUGGGCUUUUUAACAAACACACUGGUUUGCUGGAUUCUAAUUGCCUCCUUCAAACUAUGUAAUUGUGUCUUUGUGGUCUCCGUGGAUAUCUUCCCACUUGUUUAAUUUUACACUGGAAUAAAAAAGUUAUCACUGUU